GAUCCCGCACUGUACAUUUUCGUUUAUAAAUAAAACUUAAACUUAUUUGACAAGGCUUUCUGCUUUUAAAAUACUUUAGGACUUUUUGAAAAUCUAAAAAUUACAAUUCAUAUUAAACAAUUGUUAUAAUACAAAUGUGUGUAUAGCUUUAGUGUUAUAAUUGUGGACAAGAUUAUAAAAGGCAAUAACACUAUGGAUUGGCGCGAAAAACUUUUCGGCCGGGCACUUGUCAAAUGCGAGGCACCUGGUACGCAAAAUGGUAAAUUCGAAAAUGUACCAACUCUUGAAGCGUUAGCGGACUGUGUCGAAGAAGGGGAGGGUGCUGUUUGUGGUAUAUACUUUUCGUUUGCUAAUAUCAGUGAUGCUAGUGAUGACUUCGGUGUUCGCUUGGAGCAGGUUUAUAAGGCGGUUCAUCCAAGAUUGAAGGUGGUUGAGGUGGUGCUUUGGGCUCACGUGGGUACUCCCGAGGGUCCAGUAGAGAGAGAAGCUGGUUUUCGUCGCACCCUGACUGGAAAACCCUGGUUCGCUGUGCCAUUUCACGACGUCGAUACUAAGCGCCGUCUGACGCAAAAAUACAGCAUUGCUGUGGGUGUACCAACUCUAGUCAUCAGAGGGAGAGGGGUUCGAGACGCUCUGCUAAGUGAUCCAACCGGGGAGAGGUUCCCCUGGCCAGCCCCACCGCUCAACGAGGUGCUAAGGGGCAUUCAGCUACAGGGCGAGCAGUCUAAGCUGUAUGAAGAAUUACCUGCGAAUGCUAUAAGGGUGUUCUACUUUGCAGCUCAUUGGUGCCCGCCAUGCCGAUCGUUUGCGCCGAGUUUAUGUUCAACGCUGUCAGCCGUCCGCAAGCGCAGAGCGAAAUAUGCGAACACUCAGCUUAUACUCGUUUCCAGCGAUCGAUCAGAACAAUCAUUCAAGCGUACAGUAGCAUCAGUAACCGCGGGGGGGGCCUUAGCUGUGCCCUGGUCAGCGACUGAAGCACGAACUGCGUUACCUGCUGCUCUCGGAGUGGCUGGUAUCCCUGCGCUGGUUAUCACUGAUGCUGUCGGAAAAUUACUGACGUCAAAUGGCAGGCAGCAUCUCGCUGCUGAUCCUACAGGCUUGAAUUUCCCGUGGGGCCAACGGGCGGUGUCCGUGUUGACGGAACAGGCAUUGUUGAAGAUGGCGCGGCAUCCAGCAGUGGUUUUAUUUAUCGACGACGAGGACUCCGAAAUCGAAUUCGCCGAAUCAGUACUAAUGCCGGCAGCGGACUCAUACUACGAAGAAUGCAGCAUCCAAUAUCCCGGCUUUUGUCCCUAUCAAAACUCUUCCGACGACGAGAGUAUGGACUUCGAUUAUUCCACAACAAAAUCGUCCAAAAUCAAGAAGAAAUCGUUCAAACACGUAAUGUUUUUUAUAGGCAUAGACGGAUCGGAUAGUGCUGAUAUGAUCAGGGAACAUAUAGGCUUAGACGACGCGGUGCCCAUGUUAACAGCUAUCGAUUUUCCAAAACAACGCAUGGUGACCAUGAAGUUUGGGGACGAAAUUACCACAGAUUCAGUACAGAAUUUUGUCGAUGCGUUCUUAAGUGGCAACGCCGAGUUUAAGCCUUUGAAACCCUAUAGUGAUAAAUGUUAGAGUUAGUUACAGUUGCCAUUCAAUUGUUUAAGUUUAGUAAGUAGUUCUGAAUGCGGCCACGGAGCGCUGAUUAGGUUUUUAUGAUUGUUUGUAGUCUGUGCGGAAAGGCAACCGGUGUGGCCGUAGCGUGAACUCAUGUUUUUAUUUAUAUUUAUUCACAAAUAUUUUUUUUUUCAUAAUAACUAUCAAGAUGAUUACUAUCGGACUAUAAUGACAAAAUACUCCGGUCACCAUAAAAAAGGUAAUUUAUCAGUGAUGUGACCUCAAAUCCCAGGACGGUUCUCUUUCCGACUUUUAGCCACAAAAUUCCCGAAGCUCGAAUUCUGUAAAAUAUCUAUGACGUUAUAUUGGACGAUUGAUAUGUUUACCUUGAGAUAAAUUGUUUAUAGUGACAUUGACAUAGACAUUGAAUCAAUUAAUAGUUUUAGUAAUUUAAAUUAAUUACUGAACGAUACACAUUAUUUAUCGUUACUCCAAAAUUAAAUGGUUAUUCACCCAUAUAUAUUAUUGAAUGGGAUUGUACGAAACAAACCACGAUACCAAUAGUUGUACCCUGUUAAAAAUACAUGAAAACAUCUCGGCAGAUACAAGCUUUAAUUAGACCGUGAGACAUGACUAAAGUAAUGUGUUACUUCGUUUCUCGUGUGUUCACGCUAGACGCAGGCUAGCCACUUGUAAGUGUAUUUUUCACAUCUGACGAAUAAUCUGAUGUAGUAAAAAUACACGUUGAUGUAUUAGAUUUUUUCGUAAUCGGUUAAAAAUGGCCUUAACAUUACAAUCUUUCGUCAAUUUAUGGUAUUUUAUCAAAACAACUUAAAUAAAUAGGAUAAGUUAUUUAACAACGUAAUUUCUGCCUAAUAAACCUUCUUUAGUAUGAAAAUAGCACCUAAUAGAUCAUUUGUCAAGUAGUGUUUUUACAAGUGUAGAUUUUGUAGAUUUUUACCUUAUGGCAAUUCUAGUAUUA